UAGUUGCACCACGCUCGAUUCAUGGCAUGGCUCUUCUCCUCUUUCUAUUUAAUAUAUAUACGACUAGCUAGUACAUUUGAUCUGUUGUGCUAGCUAUAUCGAGAGGGAAAGAGAGAGACCGAUGGCUUGCUCCCGCUACCGGCUGGCCAAGGCCGGCACGCUGCUGCUCGUCAUCCUCCUGGCUGCCGGCGGAGCAGCAUCUGCGCCCGAGGUGGAGGAGGGGAGUAACAAGGCCAUCGCGGCGGCGUUGCCCGCGCGGAAGCAGGAGGACGUCAUUGCCGCCACCAGCCCCAGCACCGGACCCUCGUCGCCGCCGUCCUCACCCUCUCCGGGAGCGGGAGGACAGAAGAAGGAGGGCAAGGGGGACGACAGCAAUGGCAGCAAGGACAAGGAAAAGGUCAAGGACAAGUGCGUUACGAGCAAGGACUGCCACCUCAAGCGGCUGGUGUGCGCCCAGAAAUGCACCAUGGCCGCGCACAAGAAAUGCGCCGCCAAGUGCUCCCGCUCCUGCACCGGCGGCCUCCCCAUCUGCACCUAGCUAGCUACCUGCUUCUUUCUUGCCUCCUCAUCAACCUAUACAUAUAUUAGAUACCUUAACCAAGAAUAAGCUGGAGUAGCAGAUUAAUUAGGUAGCUCAGCUGUUCCUUAAUUUCCUCCGAUUAAUUUUGUCACUGCUGGAUUAAUAUAAUUGCUUUUGUUGUAAACCAUGCAAGCAACAA